GAUAAUGUAACAAACAUAUCGAGCAGCACAACUGUUUUCAGCAUUCACAGAAAUAUCUUACAAUUUAACAGAUAUUCACAUAGAAAACCGCUGCUUUAAAUCCGAAUAAUAUUUCACAGUUUUUACUGCAUUUUUGCUCAGAUCAGCACGAAUCAUGUGCGUCUGCGGCCGCUGGAGGUUGAAGGGCCUGUGACCUGCGCUCAUUUCCAGGGAAACUCUCAUCUGACGAGGAACUAUUGCAUCUGAGUCUCGCAGGAGGAAAUUGUUCCUGAGAGUCCCCUGUUUCCAGGGGGAACUUUUAUAGGGGGCGGAACCCGAGGGGUCAGAGGUCACGCCAGUCUGUGACUGUGAAGAAUGAUGAACUAUAAAUGAAGGAGUCUGUGAGGAAUGAGGACCGUCUUCAGUCUGCAGGCCGUGAUGCUGAGUGACGUCUGAGGGGCGGGGCAUCACUCAUGGCAACAUCUCGCUAUGUGUGACAUCACAGUGAUGCUCCUUAAAGGGCCGGCGCAGCACCUGCUCCGCCACAGACCCGUCCUGAAGCGUACAGGACAGAACCGUGACAGUAACGUGAUCCAGGCACUGGACUGAUAUUCAUUUUCUGAUCGGCUCUCAUUAGAAACAAGGAUGGUCUCUUCAUCUCCUCUGAACUUCAGCUCACUUCUUCAUCACGCUCUCCUCCUGCUCCUCAUCAUCAAUGUGGCAACACAGGUAAAGGGACGGCCAUCACCACGGCGACCAGAUGCUCAGGUCCUGCAGGAUCUGUUCGGACUGAAGAUCAGCUCUCUGGUAUUGGCUCAUCCAGAGGUCAGCGAGGGGUCAGCAGACGAGGCUCCGCCCCCGUCACGUGUGUUCCUGGAGCUGCUGGGCCGUCACAGGAAGCUGCAGGGGCGGAGCAGGAAGGGCGUGGCGCGCGGCUGCUUCGGGAUGAAGGUGGACCGGAUCGGGAUCAUCAGUGGACUGGGAUGCUGACGCUCUCAGGUGAGCAGCUGAUCUCAGACCUGCGUCUGCAGCACAGAUCCUCCUCUUCUGCUGGAGUCUGUGUUGUUUUAGCAGCUGUUGAUGAUUAUUUCUGUCAGAACGGCUGUAACGAUCAGAUGUGACACACGACCGACUGCAGCGGCGUUUGGCUCGAUACGCAGAACACACAACUUGACAUGAGUCACUUUUUAAGACCCUGAGGUUUUCUCAGCAGAUGGUGUGUGUGUGUGUGUGUGUGUGUGUGUGUGAGAGAGAG